GUUCUGGGAUAUGGGACAGUUUAAUCCGAUUAUUAUAAGUAAAAGAUCAGAAGCUAUUGCUGCAAGUGCACAGAAGUUCAGCAAGAGCGUCCUUGAGGCCCCCUAACCCAAGGCUUGUGAAUUUUUGUAAACCCUAGAACUCAGUGGUUGAAGCAUUGUCCAAGAAUUAGAAGAAAUCGAAGCCAGACACUUCGAAUCCGAGGGAAGAAAGCAAGAUUUGAGUUGAGACUCAAGUUGAAGGACAAGAUUAUUAUUUCAUAACAAAGCAAUGGAGAAAAAAUCAGGGAUUACGUUGACAGAUAGUUCAGAAUCUGAAGUUCAACAAGGCCUAUGGCUUCACAUAACUUGAAUAUUCGAGACAACAAAACCGUAAGGUUCGUUCCUCUUGUCCAGCAAGUACCUUCAUUGUGCCUAAAAGCAAUCAGUAAAUCAAUCAGUAUUCACAAUGGUGGAGGAGAAUAAGGCAGUGAAAGUAGUAGGCAAGUAUCUUCAUUGCACCUAAAAGCAAUUAGUAAAUCAACCAAAUUUUGCAAUGGUGGAGGAGAAGAAGGUAGUGGAAAUAGUAGGCAAGUAUCUUCAUUAUUGCACCUAAAAUCAAUCAGUAAAUCAAUCAGUAUUCGCAAUGGUGGAGGAGAAGAAGGCAGUGGAAGCAAUAAGCAAGUAUCUUCAUUGCGCCUAAAAUCAAUCAGUAAAUCAAUCAGUAUUCGCAAUGAUGGAGGAGAAGAAUGUAGUGUAAGUAAUAAGCAAAUAUAUUGUUUGCGCCCAAUCAGUAUUCACAAUAGUGAAGGAGAAUAUGGCAGUGGAAGAAGAAUAUGGCAGUGGAAGUAGUAAACAAGUACCUUCAUAGCGCCCAAUCAGUAUUCGCAAUGGUGAAGAAGAAUAUGGCAGUGGAAGUAGUAAACAAGUACCUUCAUGGCACCCAAUUAGUAUUCGCAAUGGUGAAGGAGAAUAUGGCAGUGGAAGUGGUAAUCAAGUACCUUCAUUGCGCCCAAUUAGUAUUCGCAAUGCUAAAAAAGAAUAUGGCAGUGGAAGUAGUAAGCAAGUACCUUCAUGGCGCCCAAUCAGUAUUCGCAAUGGUGAAGGAGAAUAUGGCAGUGGAAGUAGUAACCAAGUACUUUCAUGGCGCCCAAUCGGUAUUCGCAAUGGCGAAGGAGAAUUUGGCAGUGGAAGUGGCAAGCAAGUACUUUCAUGGCGCCCAAUCGGUGUUCGCAAUGGUGAAGGAGAAUUUGGCAGUGGAAGUAGUAAGCAAGUACCUUCAUUGCACCCAAUUACUAUUCACAAUGGUGAAGGAGAUUAUGACGGUGGAAAUAAUAAACAAGUACCGUUAUUGUACAAUAUAAAAUACCAAGCGAUUGCAUCACAACAGUACAAAAUGAUCAAAGAUAUUAUGGAAGACAUAGACAAGCAAAAUCCCUUCAGAAGAAAGGGCCAACCAUGAGCACCUGGCAGAGUAAAAAUAAAAAAUAUAUAGCGUAUCCAUCCUUGGCCCUCGGUUUGUUGUAUUUUCUUGAAAGAAUAAGCCUAUCAUGGGCCCCCUGUUUGUUUAACAAAAAGUUUGUAUUUUUUUUUUUUCUGAAUAAGCCUCUAUCGUUGGCCAUUUGACAAAAGUUGUUUUUAUAUUAUUAGUAUUAUUAUGUAAUUGUGUUAUGUUUUUUUCUUACUUCUGCUUGAUA